AUGAAUCCUCAAGAGUUAAUAGAUAAUUUAAAUGAAGUAUUUCUUGGUGAUUUUUUUACCUACAUUGAUAUAUUAGGUAAAGGCAGUUUUGGAAUAGUUGUUGCUGCUUAUAGUUCAUCAUUAAAUAAAGUAGUAGCUAUAAAAGUAUACUUUAAUUUAACUACUAGAUAACCUAAUACUUCGAAUAAGAGAAUGAGUCAUCUUUAUUACAAGAAUGCUCUCAUCCAAAUAUUGUUAAAUUAUAUAAAGUAGACUUUCUAUUUAUUUUUUAUUAGGUCUUAAUAGCUAAUAAUCGAGUCUAUUUAAUUAUGGAAAAACUAGUAGGAAUUACAUUAGAUGUGCUAAUGAAAAGUUCUGUACUCAAUGAAACUUUAAUAAGAAACAUAAUGUUAUAAAUAUUGAAUGCUCUUGUUUUUCUUCAUAGAAAAGGUAUCAUUCAUAGAGAUCUUAAGCCAGGUAUAAAAUAUACAAUUAAGUAGAAAAUAUUUUCAUCUGUGACAACUAUUAUGUUAAAUUAAUUGAUUUAGGAUUAGGUUAUUAAAUGUUUUCAAGGGCUUUUAUUGGCUAAUAAGUUGGUACUCCUUAUUAUAUUGCACCAGAAGUCAUUAAUUAAUAAGAGUAAUCACAAGUAUUUAUCAAAAUCUAAAUUAGUUAGUUGAUAUCUUCUCUUUAGGAAUAAUAUUUUAUUAAUUGAUCAAUAAUUCUUUACAUCCUUUAUGGCAAAAUGGAUAUACUAAGAAGGACUAUUAUAAAGCUAUUUCAUCUGAAUUCUAGAUUUAAUAUCCUUCCAAAAUGUCAGAGUAAUUUAAACCAUUAAAUUAUAUAGAAUGGCUAAAGAUUUUGUAUAAAAUACUGUGACAUUCCAAUCUAUCAACAGAAUGACUGCUGAAUAAUGUUUAGAACAUCCUUGGAUACUGGGGGAACAAAGAAAAUCACAUCCUAUCACUAAUAGAGAAAUUAAAUUAAGAUAUUCAUUUACUGAAAAAUUUAAUAAUGUUAAAUUAAUUAUUAAUUUUUAGAUAGUCAAAGCUUUAUGGAUUCUCAAAAAUAUUAAAGACUAAUGUUCUGAUAAUAUUUAUUAUAUGAAAACAUAGGCAUCUGAUGAAAUAAAUGAAUUAGAUGAUGAAGAUGAAAUAUAAUAACCAUUAUCAAGUAGAAUUCAUACAGAAUAAAUGAUUCCUAGCGGAAAUGAUAGAUAAUAUCGUUUACAUAGACAUACUACGAGAAUUGAUAGAAAACCUUCAAUUAAAUUAAUGAAGACUACAUCCCAUCAAGAUCUAACAUAGCUAAAAAAUAAACUUUAGACAUCAAAAAAGCUUUUAAGUAUAUAAUCUAAUAUGAAUUAGCUCAUUUAAAUCUUGCUUAGAGAUUAAGUGAUAAUUUUCUUAUUGCAAAGGUUAAUAGUACAAAGAAGAUUUCUUCUCCUAAUUUAUUGCCUAUAAUAUCUCCUGGAAAACAUAAAACAUCAAGUUUCAAUUUUAGACAAUAGUGA